UGUGGAAGAUAAAGUUGAGGCUGGCGCGCGGCGUGAUUCCGCUGCCACACAGCCUGAGGUACGUACCUUGCAGGUACCUUGGCCUCCAAGUUCCAACUGCCGUCAUUGUCCUCAACUUUUCCUCUACAACCUCGACAUUCAGGACAGCGCACUGCGCCAACCACAAUCACCAUGCCUGAACCCGCUCUCGACGAGAUACAAUGGUACUCUCCGCAGCACCUGGCCAACAUGGGCCAGCUGCACUCCAACAACAUCCUCUUCUACUUUGCCGAAUCGCCCUUCUUCGAGCGAACCUCCAAUAACCAGGUCAUCUUCUCUCAAGCCAUGACGAAUCCCCACGAGUUUUGGCGCAUCCAAACACGCGAAGCCUUCGAGUCGUCUCUACGGGAAAUGUCUGGGUUGGAAUUCAUCGUCGGCGAAGAGCCCGCCGAAUCAGGUCCAGGAAUGGGCACCGGUGUCUGGGUGAUCCGAAAACAGGUUCGGCGGAAGAUUGCGGGCGAGGAGGAUCAGACCACGAUCCUGUCGAGCUACUUUAUUGUCGGCGAGCACAUCUACCAAGCACCCAAGCUGGGCGACAUCCUGAGCUCGCGGCUGUUGAUUCUCACCAAUGCGAUCUCGAGCGCGCUGCCCAAGGCGCAGGGUGUCAGGAAAUGGAGACCCUCUGUGGGACACACGUAUCCGCCUCCCAAGCAGAUUGCGCAACCAAGGACGAACGCUGGGACACACGGACCGUCAAAGGAGGGGACACCGAUGCCUGACGCUGCGCAAGGCAAAGCCGGCGAACAACCUGCCAAGGACGAUCCGUCACUCGAUAGAAGUGUAGAGGAAGCUUUUGCCAUACACAUGCGCUACGGAGGAGAAUACGUCGACGAGAACCCCAUCACAGGUCGCCCGGGCGAAUUCCACCUUUCGUCUACGGGGAGGAAGCCAGUGCCGCCACCACAGACGCAGCAGACCAUGGGCAUGAGCGGACCGACGACCCUGGAGAGCAAGGUCGGCGGCGCGGACAAGAAGGAUGGCAAAGAACAGUCUGGAAAAUCAGCAACAGGGACCAAGCCCAGGAAGAGGAAGAGGAACAAGGGCUCAGCAGCCACGACGCCGGCCGCGACAACACCGGCUGCGUAGGAGUGUCCAAUGCUGGCCUUCAAGGGGAAAAAAAUAGAGAACAGGAUCUGGAUACUUAGAUACCCACAUGCACAAGCGAGGCGUUUAUUGGAGGUCAUCAUUUAUUCGUUAUACACUUUAUAUCACAGUCCAUCCUUUUCCGGGU